CAGAAAACUGUAUAUAAUGUGAGUAAAAUGAUGAAGCUGAAGCUGUGAUGCAGGUUUACUGAGUGCAGCUGGAGAUGAGAUGGUCACACUGCAGGAAGUGGAAGGAACCACUAUAACUCUCCAUACUGGGAUUACUGGAAUUCAGACUGAUGCUCAUAUAGUUUGGUUUAAUGGACCUGAGAAAGCAGAGAAAAAGAUAUUGAACAGUCAGAUGUUUAAAGGAGAAACUGUUACAGAAAUCAGUGAGAGAUUUAAAGAGAGACUGCAGCUGGACAGAAGCAGUGGAGCUUUAACCAUCAGGAACAUCAGCAGGAACCAUUCUGGAGUUUAUUUAUUACACGUCAUCACUGAAGAUCUCUCAUCUAGGACUUUCAGAGUCAGUGUUUAUGCUCCAGUAUCAACUCCAGUAAUAAAUCUAAGAGGAAAAAGAAGUGGGUUCUCCACAGAGUCGUGUUCCCUCUUGUGCUCUGUGGAGAAUGGAGAAGAUGUGAAAUUAUCCUGGUACAGAGAGAAUGAGAGAAUCUCCAUCACCAAUAACACAGAUCUCAGUGUUCCCCUCAAUCUCCCACUUCAAAUACAACACCAUGACAACAACACGUAUAUCUGUGUGUCUGCAAACCCUGUCAGCAAUAAAACUACUUCUCUCAGCAUCACACAGCUCUGUGUUCACAACUCAGGACAAUCAGAGCGUUCUCAUUCACUGCUUCCUGUCCUGAUAUCUGCUGGAGUUUUACUGCUUGUCAUAAUAACAGGAGGAUUUUUGUGGAUUUGGAAACACAACAAGUGUGUAAAUAAACUGGAGGAACUGAUUUACACUGAGGUGAAAAUUACAGCUCACAGUGCAGAGAGAAGUCAAAAGGAAGAACAUUCCAGAAGAACGGACCAUCCAGAGCAGGAUACCUUCAUUCUCUAUUCAGUGAUGAGACGUUUACUGAGAGCAGCUGGAGAUGAGAUGGUCACACUGCAGGAAGUGGAAGGAACCACUAUAACUCUCUAUACUGGGAUUACUGGAAUUCAGACUGAUGCUCAUAUUGUUUGGUUUUAUGGACCUGAGAAAGCAGAAGAAAAGAUAUUGAUCAGUCAGAUGUUUAAAGGAGAAACUGUUACAGAAAUCAGUGAGAGAUUUAAAGAGAGACUGCAGCUGGACAGAACCAGUGGAGCUUUAACCAUCAGGAACAUCAGCAGGACCCAUUCUGGAGUUUAUUUAUUACACAUUAUCACUGGACGUCUCUCAUCUAGAACUUUCAGAGUCAGUGUUUAUGCUCCAGUAUCAACUCCAGUAAUAAAUGUAAGAAGAAAAAGAAGUUGGUUCUCCACAGAGUCGUGUUCCCUCUUGUGCUCUGUGGAGAAUGGAGAAGAUGUGAAAUUAUCCUGGUACAGAGAGAAUGAGAGAAUCUCCAUCACCAAUAACACAGAUCUCAGUGUUCCCCUCAAUCUCCCACUUCAAAUACAACACCAUGAGAAGAACACGUAUAUCUGUGUGUCUGCAAACUCUGUCAGCAAUAAAACUACUUCUCUCAGCAUCACACAGCUCUGUGUUCACAACUCAGGACAAUCAGAUGGUUCUCGUUCACUGCUUCCUGUCCUGAUAUCUGCUGGAGUUUUACUGCUUGUCAUAAUAACAGCAGGAUUUUUGUGGAUUUGGAAACACAACAAGUGUGUAAAUAAACUGGAGGAAGUGAUUUACACUGAGGUGAAAAUUACAGCUCACAGUGCAGAGAGAAGUCAAAAGAAAGAAUGUUCCAGAAGAACAGACCAUUCAGAGCUGGAUACCUUUGUUCUUUAUUCAGUGAUGAAGAUCGCAUAAUGUCAAAUAAAACAUACAUUUUAUUGUAAAUAUUUUAAAUAAUUUGGUCAUAAAUGCAUUGAAAGCUUAAUAGAAUUUUUAGAACGUGUAGGUUUUGUUUAUUAGCCAGUAAUUUCCAUCCUUUAACAGAUUUCUGUAAUAAAUAGUUUUGCUGGUGUUUAAACUUGUGCUCACUAUUGUCUUUCAAAAACUUAUGUUUAGCAAAAUAUAACGUGUGGAAAAAUGGCAAACUAAUGAAGAAAAUACUGAAUGACAUAAACACAUGUGAAGCCACUUUCAACUAUUUAGUUUUCUUUAUCUGUUUAUUUUACUAUACAAUAAAAAACUGACAGUUA